CCACGUGAGACGUGAGACGUACGAUCUUAAAAUAGUACGCGAGUUUUCGCACGCUAAGUAACCGUGCAUUUUGUUUAGUACAUUUUUGUAGGAAAAUGAGAGAAAUAGUGCACCUACAAGCGGGCCAGUGCGGCAAUCAAAUCGGGUCGAAGUUUUGGGAGAUAAUAUCUGAUGAGCACGGCAUAGAUACGACUGGCAACUACAUUGGCGACAGUGAUCUGCAACUAGAGAGGAUCCAGGUGUACUACAAUGAGGCGGCUGACGGCAAGCGGUUCGUGCCCAGGGCUGUGUUGGUGGACCUGGAGCCGGGGACAAUGGACGCGAUUCGAUCAGCCACCUACGGACAACUCUUCAGACCUGACAACUACGUAUUCGGUCAGAGCGGAGCUGGUAAUAACUGGGCGAAAGGUCAUUACACAGAGGGCGCUGAGCUGGUGGACUCGGUGAUGGACGUGGUCAGGAAGGAAUCUGAGGCCUGCGAUUGCUUACAAGGUUUCCAGUUGACGCACUCGCUCGGCGGAGGCACUGGGUCUGGUCUCGGAACGUUGCUGCUGAGCAAGCUCCGCGAAGAGUAUCCUGACAGGAUCGUGAACACGUUCAGCGUUAUGCCAUCACCUAAGGUGUCAGACACAGUGGUAGAGCCGUACAACGCGACCCUCUCAGUCCACCAGCUGGUCGAGAACACGGACGAAACGUUCUGCAUCGACAAUGAAGCGCUUUACGACAUCUGCUUCAGGACGCUGAGGCUCGCGUCGCCUACAUAUGGCGACUUGAACCAUCUGGUCUCGUUAACAAUGUCUGGGGUAACGACGUGCCUCCGUUUUCCGGGGCAGCUGAACGCGGACCUCAGGAAGCUGGCGGUCAACAUGGUGCCGUUUCCUAGGCUACACUUCUUUAUGCCCGGAUUUGCCCCACUGACUGCAAGGAACAGCCAGGGGUACAGAGCGUUGACAGUUCCAGAACUGACACAACAGAUGUUCAGCCCGGUGAACAUGAUGGCGGCGUGUGAUCCUCGCCACGGCCGCUACCUCACCGUCGCCGCCAUCUUCCGCGGCCGCAUGUCCAUGAAGGAGGUGGACGAGCAGAUGCUGACCGUACAGGACAAGAAUUCCGGAUACUUCGUGGAAUGGAUCCCGAACAAUGUGAAAGUGGCCGUGUGCGAUGUUCCACCGCGGGGUCUCAAGAUGGCCGCCACGUUUGUGGGCAAUUCUACCGCGAUACAGGAAAUAUUCAAACGCAUCUCCGAGCAGUUCACCGUCAUGUUCAGGAGGAAGGCGUUCCUGCACUGGUACACCGGCGAGGGUAUGGACGAGAUGGAAUUCACUGAAGCAGAGAGUAAUAUGAACGACCUCGUCUCCGAGUACCAGCAGUACGAGGAAGUUGGAGUGGAAGAUGGAGAAUUUGACGAACAAGAAGAAAUGCCCCCAGAAGAUUACACAGAAGAAUAGAUUUAACGAUUUGUCUAUUCUUUUUUCAUUUAUUCGGAUAGUGUGAUAUUAGUAAGGUACAGUUUAUUUCAUUCUGCAGCAGAAACGUAACUUUUUAUUUGUUAAAAAAUAUGGCGUUAUAUUCUAUGGCUGAAUAAAGUUUUUGUCUUAUUAAAAAUUCCUAGAUUUUGUUAUAAAUAAAAA